GUUUCUUCUCUGCUUUGACUCGUAUCCACUGAAGCAUCGGCAUUGGGCGAAACAGCGUAGCUGGCGCCCGAUUGAGUACACAAACAAAGCUGAAGUGUUAUUCGCCUCCCUUUCUGCUGUGUACACGGAAGAAAGCAUAAUGAACAGAGCAGCGUUGGCGGCAAGUUUGCCGCAAAGCACGCAAGAGUGGAUUCCCUUGCUGCGGCGUGCCCUGAGCACCCCCAUCGAGGCGGUGCACUACCCCAAUCACUUCUACCUGCACAUCAUCAACGGAACCGGCGCCUCCGUCGGGUUUUCUCCCCAGAAGUCGCCCAUGAAGCUCUCCUCCGUGCGGGAAAGCGCGGUGCUCGUCUUCCUCUCCCCCACCACCACCGGCAAGGGCUUUCAGGACAUGUGCAUCACCCUAACAAAGCGCACCGACAAGGUCGGCUCGCACAAGAACCAAAUGAGCUUCCCCGGCGGCCACGUCGACCUCGGUGAGACGCCGCAGACGGCUGCGCUGCGGGAGGCGCAGGAGGAGACCGGCCUUCUCCCCUCCACCUACGAGGUGGUGGGUUCGAUGACCGCCAUCGGCACCAAUCAGCGCGGCUCGCGCGUAACUCCCUUCGUUGCCGUCUCGCGGGACCCCGCGCAGCCAUACUGUGCGAGCCCGGACGAGGUAGACUCGGUGCACUACUUGCAUCUCUCUUCCUUAAUGCUGGACGCGCCGCAUCACCAUGCGCGCGUCAUCAAGUACCAUUCUUUCUCCAGCAAGUGGCCCAGCUACUUCCCCUGCUUUUUCACGAGCUCUGCACAGUCGGUGUUGUGUCCGCCGGUGUGUCCGUCUCCCAAGGCAGCGCCGAUGCCGGAUGACAACGGCUAUGAGCCGAUGCUGUCCGACGACUUUCCGGGAGAGUUAGUGUGGGGGCUUACGUCCUUCAUCACGUGCGAGUUGGUGGCGCGGUUGGCGAACGAGCUUCUCGGCUCCACGCCCAGCAGCGACCGCAUCGCGGAGAUCGAUACGCUGCUUGAGCCGACGCACGUUGUGGCACGCGAUCCGCUAGAGACGCCAACCGCCGCCAAGGCAGCCACUCUCGGCUCUGACGCGGUGGAUGCGUAA